UUAUCCACUUUUUCAAAACUGGCAGCUGAGAUUUAGAUAGAAAUUACAUUGAAUCUGUAGAUAAAUUUGGGAAAUAUUGUCAUUUUAACACUAUUAAGUCUUGCUGGAUUGGAUCAUUUUGCUAUAAAGGAAUUAGCACAGAUGACAAAAUUUGAAUGAGGUCUUGUGGUGAAGAGUACACAUGAAGUUCUUUGGUCUAUUCUUGCAACAGUAAAUUCAAAAUAACUGUUAAAAUUAAAAAAUGUGUUCUUCCUGAAUAUAGUGCAAGGAAGGUAUUAGUAACCUGAUAAAUCUGUUCUUAUGAAGGAAACCAAACUCCAAGAGAGAAAACUCUGAGCACAGUAGUGACUUCAGAAUGUUCAAUACCAACGAGAAUAUGAAAAGGAUUUACUACACAGGCUGAGUUCUUAGGUAAAUUCUCAAAUAAAACACCAGGCUCUCCCCACUUUCCCCAUCCCCCAUACAAACUAAAAAUAUUUUAGGAUUUUUAAAAAUGAAACCCCAAUUUUAUAUAGUGACAUUUUAAGUUUUUUAUUGUCUUAAGUAUAAACUCAAGGGUACCUAAAAGGCCUUGCUUACAUAAGAAGAAAAGACGUUUUGAAAGACAUUUCUGAGGAGCUCAAGUGACUUUGUGUCAAGAAUUCCCUGGUUCCUGGAUUUUAUAACUUUUUUUCCCUAUAGUUGAACUCUUAAAACUUGCAUGCACAUCAACAGGUCCUGGACUCUGAGGCCAGUUGUCAACAAACAGAAGUAGAAGAAACUUAAGCAACUAAAGUCCCACACUUCCCAGUCCUCUGACAUCUACCAUAGAGUUACCUUUAUGUUAGUCCUCCUCUGACCUUAGGUCUAACAUCUUGAGAUUCAGUUCUAUUCUUGGGCUUCUAUUCAAAUAACUGCUUUCUUCUCUGACCUUGAGCAUUUCCUGUGAUGGCCCUGGAAUUCUGUGAUACUAUGCUCUUUCUGAACCAUUCUCCCUUUCUCCUCUCUUCUGCAUUCAUACCCUUAUAACCAGAGCUGAGUAUCUGAUGCUCUGAUCCAGACAGCUCUCUCAAGUAGUACCUGCCUCACUGAAUCUGUCUGUCUUUCUACAGUGUGAAGAGUAUACCUGUUACUUCAUGAUGGACAUUAGAUAACUGCUGUUUUUCUGGCAGACCUUAAGAGAACUGGUCUUACCAUCUGGCUUACACCUGUCAGGAGAAGCAUCAUUGUACAGAAUUUCAGAACUAAGGGUUUUGAGACAAAUUGCUCUGGAUUCUAAAAAAAAUUAAUUCAUUUAAUGAGAAACCUUGGAAAUAUAAUUUAACCACUCUGAGCCUCAUUUUCACCCUGUGAAAUGGAAAUAGUAAUACCUAUAGGUUCUCCUAGAAUCUGUACUAGAUGAGUUUUCAUGACAGACAAGAAGGGGAAUGUUUGGAAGACUAUAAUUGGAAAGAGGGGUGCAAAAGGUAGCAGUAAAUCAUGGGGGCUCAAGAUCACCAGGCUUUUACAAGGUUUUUCAAGAGUAAAAUAUCAAUGUUAAACAGGCUUUCUCUUUCUUUUUUAUAUCUGUAUUUCUACUGGACUCACCUCAAGAAAUGCCAUGGACUAUUCUAAAGUUGUACUAAAUUGAAUAGCUGGACUCACUCUAGAGGGAAAAGUGAGAUUGACAAGGAGGUUCCUAAAUAACCUACAUGAAUUGGAUAUUUCUACUUACUCUCUUAGAUGAUCCCUGAAAAGGUAAGUACGGUCACCUGGGUUAAAGAAUGACGGACACUUAGAAAGUUAGAAAUGGGACAUUGGAGAUCAUCUGUAACAAUGUUGUACCUUACUUGGGAAACUUACAAAAUAUUAUAAUAAAUAUUUUAUUUAAAAAGAGGUCUUAAAUAGUGUUCUCAAAGAAAAAGUAAUUGGUAAUAGUAAAAAUUUCUCAUAUUUUGCCUCAUAAUGACAAAAACUCUAUCACAUUCUAAUUCUGAAAUUUGGGAACUUCUUAUCUAGCUAGUAAUCUUCAAAUUGCUCCAGGUAUCUCAAAGGGUUCCAUGAGUAUGACUCAGGGGUCAUCAUGGAAAUGUGGGGACUAGGAAAUAAGGCUACCACAUUCCCGCAUUCCCACUUCAACUAACAGAGCACCUUUAUUAUGUUUGAUAUGUUAUGUUUUUAUAUAGCAUUUUCCAACUCUACUGCUUACUAUUGUGAUCUUGAAAAACUUCAUCUCUCUGUAUAUCAUUUCAUUCAUUUUAAAAGCCUUAGUAGUAAUAAUACUUGUAUCAUAAACUUAAAAAUUUAUAUGCGUUAAUACACAUACAGCAGUUACAAUAGGACCUGACACAUAAUACAUGUUCAGUAAGUAUUAUUAUUAUUAUUGCUAUUGUAAUUAAAGAAAGCAUUUUGCUGUUAAAAAACAAAAGUUAGAAAAUAUGGAUGGAGGAAAUUCCUCACAUUCAAUAAGGAAAUGACCUCUGAAAGGUUCCUAAUAGGUAUUCAUCUGGUCUCCAAUGGGACACUUAAAAUGAUGGGUUGCUCAUUACCUCCAAUCAUUAUCAAACAUUUGUGAUUAUCACAAACCUUUUUCUAUUAAGCCAAGAUCUAUUAUUUCUAGUAAGGCCACAAGAUACAUCUACUUGCUUAUUUGAAGAAAGGCCCAAAGCAUUCUCUGAGCCUUUUUCCCCUCCAUAUCACUGUCACCAUCAUUGUCUUUAUCAUCAUAAUCAUUGUAAUAAAAUACAACAUUUGUUGAGAGCUUACUAUAAGCUGGAUCCUGGGUAAGAACUCGAGACAAUAUAUAAGGCAGGAUCCAAGUGAGCUGGACAGACACCAGAAGUUCACUUCUUUUGCCUACAUCUGACUGUCCUUGGCCACUUCAGCACCAUGAGAGCAACAGCCUUUGUCCUACUUUUGGCUCUGACAUUUGCAACCAUGUUCAAUAUAGAAUGUGCCUUACAGAAGAAACAGUUUGACUGCAGUCAUUAUAAAAAGUUACCACCAGGAGAACAGAGAUUUUGUUAUGAAAUCUAUCAACCAAUUUGUGGAUCUGAUGGCAAAACUUAUAGCAAUGAUUGCCUCUUUUGUUCUGAAGUUAAGGAAACUGACGGCAAACUUAAAUUUGUACAUUUUGGAAGAUGUUGAAUCUAUCUUGUGAUUCCAAGAUAUUUUUUAAUGUAUCUACUCACAUGAGACAUAUUUUUUCCCCACAUAAUCUAUGCCACAUUGCCUAAUUUUAUCACCAUAUGUAGAUUUCCUUGUAGAAUACAGUAGCCAUAAAAAAAAUAAAUGUGCAUCUGA